AAAGCCAAAUUGAGUAAGAAAAUGACACAAUGCAGUUUAACACACACACAGCUAGCGAAAAACAGUUUGUUACCAGAGUCUAGAACUACCACUAAAAAGUAAAACACAUCGUCAAGAACUACCUUCUGCUGUCCGCAGUCAUUUGCCAGAAUAUAAUUUUUGAAAGCUAUGGCAGAACGGAGGCGAUCAAGAGGGAGAAAAAUGGGUUCCUCAAGAAGGCUGGUAAAGCUGCAAGAAGAAAAAGAGGAAACAUUAAAUGAGACCUUAUCAAUGCCUGAGGAGGAUUCCUAUAUAUCUGAAAUCAUGGAAAAAAUUCACAGCUGUUUCAGAGAAGAUGACCCAAGCAGAAAUAUGUUUGUCAUGCGCAGUGAUAUGGAGAAAGUCAGCAGCAUUAUUUUCUCCAGUGUGCAAGAAUUGGAACAGCUCUUUGAUUUAUUGGACAGUGAAGGAAAAGGAUACCUAACAUGUGAAGAGUUCACAUCAGGACUGAGAGACUUCAUCCAGUCAGAUAACAAUCCGUGGAAUCAAAAGAGAAAAAGAAAAUCUAAGAAAAGAAUAACAGAGUUUCCUGAUUUCCCAUCGCUAGAGGAUGUAGACAUUGAGGAAAGGAAACAGUUUAUGUCCUUCAUGGAACACCUGGGAGCAAAUAAUAUAUUUGAAGAUGAGACAGAAAUCUGGAAGCUCUGGACAAGACUUGCUCACGACGAACCUCAUUUACUUGAGAACCUGGAAGAAUUUUUGGCAAAAGUUACAAGUCAAAUAAAAGAAGCCAGGAAAGAAAAAGAGACGUUGGAGAUGGCACUAAAAAAAAGAAUAUCUGAACACACAGCAGAGGUAGAUCAUUUAUACGAGGAGAUGGAACAACAAAUGAAUGCUGAAAGAAAAAAAUUGCUUCAUGAGAGUGAUGAACGAAGCAGCGUUCACAGCCAAGAAAUGAAGAAAGUAAUUGAAGUGAAAAAUAAAGAAGUACAGCAGUUGGUUGGCGUUCAGGAUCAGUUGGAAAGAGAACUUCAUAAGCUGAAAAGCACAGAGAAGGUUACAAAGACAGAGAAUGAAAAACUAAAACGUACCAAUCAGGAUCUGGAACAAAAGCUAGAGAAAAUUCGAGAUCAGCUUUCGGAAACGCAAACUCGUUUGAGCGAAAUGAGAAAAAAAGUAAAUCAACAUGAACAUGAUAAGGAGAAGAAAGAUGAUGAUGAGACCAUGAAUGUUUCAACUACACAGUUCUACCAGAUUUUCUUCCAGGAUCCAUCUCAGAAGAACAAAAGCGACGAAACUGAACAAAUCAAGUCUGAGCCAAUAUAUCAGCAUGAAUCUGCAGAGCCAGUGUUAGAAGAGCUUUCUGAAAUCCCAAGUACAUAUUCAAACCAAAGAACAAGAGUUAUUUCAAUAGAAGAAGACCCAGUACCAGAUUUCCUGAUUAGCGACCAAAACAUAUCUGUGAAGAAUACAGGAAGUGAAUCAGUAGUCAUACCCGCAUUUUACGGUCUGCAUCCCCUUAACGAAGAGGAAAAAUACCAAAGCAGUCGCCAAGAAAAAUACAGUCCUUCCGGUGGAUAUAAUAGUAAUGCUAGAGAUCCACCUGAAGAACUACUAGCACGCCAAGUGAAGCAACAAGAUGUCACCAACAGCUCACCUUCCUACCCUAUGAAUCAUGGUAAUUCCAGUGAGAUGGUGUCUGCUCAAAACCAAGAUGCUGUGGUGACCAAAAGUUCUAUAGAUGCACACACAUUAGAAAGUGAUAGAUUCAGUCUUGAUCACCAAAAAGCUCUCUUGCAUCAAACAGAAAAAGGAAAAGAAUACAACGUUAAAGGCAAAAAGACUAAUGUAGACCAGGCAAUGUUUUCUGAUGGUUACAACCAACAUAACCGUUUGAUAACUUACAGUAUAGUUGGAAGUGGAGAAGACAGUGAUCAAAAAGAUGUUGCUAAGCAGAUAGAUGUGAAAGGGGAUUCUGAAAGAUACAGUGUGGCGAAAUCAAAACAGGAUAGCCCUGGAAAAAACAAGGAAACCCCAUCAGAAGGCUCUGAAAUAAAAGAGUCUUUUCAAAAUGUCCUUAACACCGAUUACGUUUACAAGAUCUUGUUUGUUGGAAAUACAAAUGUUGGAAAGACAUCAUUUUUACAAAGAGUGCAUGAAGGCUCUUAUAAGAGAGACACUUCUGCCACUGUAGGGAUAGACUAUCGUAUUAAAAGCUUAGUUGUAGACAACAAGCGGUAUAUUCUUCAGCUUUGGGACACAGCUGGACAAGAGAGGUUCCACAGCAUCACUGAACAGUUUUUCAGAAAAGCAGAUGCAAUGGUGAUAAUGUAUGAUGUUACCUCUAAAGACACAUUUUUAGCAGCACGAUACUGGUUGAAUAGUAUAAAGGAAAAAACAGAGGGAGAUAUUGUAAUUUUGCUGAUUGGCAACAAAAUAGAUUGUGAUCCUGAAAGAAAAGUUGCACCUGAGGAAGGAGAAAAACUGGCUCAAGAGUAUAAUUCUUUAUUCACAGAGUGCAGUGUAACAUCAGGAAUUAAUAUAACAGAAUCAAUGCGUCAACUGGCCAGAUCUUUAAAGGAACGUGAAGAGUAUAUGAAAAAUAAUGUAGUGACAAUAAGAAGGCGAACCGAAAAGAAGAACAACAUUUGUUGCGUUUAAACAGUGAUCAAGCUUUUCUGAGAAAUCUUUUUUAAAUAUGUAUUCUCAUAAACUGGGAAAGAUAUAUCACUCUGUAAACUUCUUGUUUUAAAUAAAAAAAAAUAUGCACUU